CUGACAGUCCCGACCCCCUUUCAAGCAUGUCCGAUACAACAACAAAUACAACCAUCCAGUUUAAACUCACCAAGGAGCAAGCACUUGCAGCUUUUGCGCAUAACAAAGAAAGAGCAACUCAUUUUGCGAAUCUAUUAUGGAUCGUAAUCGGAUGUGCGUUGGGUUUCUUUUUGAUUUUACAAAUCUUGUUCAAGAUUGAAGCCUGGAUUUGGUCAAGAACGAUUCGUGGAAGUUUAGAUGUUUACGAAUUAACACCAAAUCCAAGAAGGAGAAAUAACGAUGAUUGGUCUUCGAUGAACAAUAGUAUAGCUCCAACGCAUAUGUGGCCUCACGUUCCUUUUUGGCAAAGAUUCAUUCGUGCCAUUUUGGCUUUUUAUAGGAAAUACUUCUUUUCCGUCAAUGUGCCAAUCAUCAAUAUCUCUUUGGCAGAAUUAGGACUAGUGAUGCUAUAUGCAGGUUUCAUGUCAGCAAUCCUGGUCAUUGAUACGCCAAAUAUUCCGCCCAAUCCGCUCGUUCCGCACAUCACUGUGAUUGGUAUUGCAAAUCGAGCUGGUCUCUUGGCUGUUGCAUCCUUACCACUCAAUGUUUUACUUUCCAAUAGGAUCAGUUUGGUGAGUAUGUUAAUGGGACAAUCCUUUGACAGGAUUCAAUAUCUGCAUAGAUGGAUAGGCAGGGUAACAUUAGCCUUAGCAAUCACACAUGGAACAUGCAAAUUGAUUCAAAUGGACACUUUCGGCGAUCAUUCAUUCAGAAGGUUUGGUCUUGGUGCUUUUUGUAUCGCUGGCUUUUUGAUGGUUUUCAGUAAUCGAUUAAUGUUGCAAAAAGCAUAUGAAACUUUUAUAGCAUUUCAUAUGGCUGCAGUCAUUUCGUUCAUUUGUUUGAUUUGGUUCCAUAUGCCACGUCACAAAGGUUAUUUAAUUGCAACAAUUGGACUUUGGGUUGCUGAUCGAGCAUUACGAUGGAUUAGAAUAAUCUUUUAUAACAGCCUUUGGCGCUGUGGUCGUUCAAGUUGUACGGAAACGGCUACUUUGCGAUUGCUUUCUCAUGAUACCACUCGUUUAGAAGUUCUCAAACCUGACUUUGCACCUUGGAAAGCCGGUGCAUACGCUUAUGUUUCCACACCCGGAAUGCCUUGGUGGCCACAAAGUCAUCCAUUCACAAUCGCUUCUCGUCCUUCAAGAAUGCAUAUCAGUCAUGCGCCAGAAUCAAAGAAGGGAGGAGGCGAAUUGUUAAGGCCACAGCCAAAUUUGAUCUUUUUGAUCCGGGCAAGAAAUGGUUGGACAAGAAAAUUACACAAAUUGGCACAAAAUACCGUUUCGCCAAGCAUACCGGUGAUCAUUGAUGGUCCUUAUGACGGUGCGCCUGAGUUGCACAAUUGUUUCGAUACAGUCUUGCUUUUUGCUGGAGGUGCCGGUAUUUCAUGGACGUUGCCUCUUCUGAUUGAUCUAGUAGAAAAAGCAAGAAGGAACCAAUCUGCUGUUAGACGAGUAAUCUGGGUCUGUGCUUUACGUCAUUAUGUCAAUUAUGAUUGGUUCUUCGGAGAAUUAGAACAAAUCGUUCAAAUGAGCGGAAAUGCAUGGAUUGACGUUCGAAUUCAUUAUACGACAGAUACGCAAGAUGUGGCAAAUGUUCCGGCUUUCUUUAGACCCGGAAGACCGGAUAUCGAGUUUAUCAUCGAAGAAGCAGUCAAUGCUGCUAAAGGUAGAUUAUUUAUAGGAGUGUCUGGUCCUGCUGGGCCGAGUGAAGAGGUACGCAGAUGUGCUCGUAUAAUGACAAGUCCAAGUGCAAUCCUACGAGGUGAUCCGAGAGGCGAUAUUUAUUUCCAUAGUGAAGUGUUUGGUUGGUGAUUUAUCCCGAUUUUUUUUUCGGCUACAGUGACAUGCUUUGAUUUGGUUUAAGUUUUGUAUGUUUA